GAAGUUUUUUUUUUUUUUUUUUAUAAAUAAAAAAAUGAUGAGUGACAUAAAAAUUGAAUAAAGUUAUAUCAUGCCCUGGAAUAUAUUCUGCGUAGGUUUGAAUUUACUGUUCGUGAGGCAACAUGAAAUUUAACAAAAUCACGUAGUGAAUAAAAUAAAAAUAUACAAACAAAUAAAUGUGAAAAAUAUUUAAUUUGAUAAUAAAAAUAAAGAAAUAAAAAAAAAAAAAUUAUGACAGAUUAUAUAUUAGCCUUUUUUUUUUUUUUUAAAUUGCGAGUUAUAUAUUAAGUAUUAAGUGAAGAACAUGCAAAAGUAUAAUUUAUUGAUUAAACGAUUAUAAAUUUAUGUUUGAAAAUAACUGUCAUUGGUGGUUUUAGAAACUAAACUAAAUAAAUAAUUUAAAUAAAAAUAAAAAAUAAAAAAAACAAAAAACUCUGAUAUGAAGUGGAAGAGACGACCAGCUGAAUUUCUUCCUGAGAAGACAUUUUUAAUUAUAAAAGAUGAUUUGGAUUCAUUAACAGAAACAGUCGAGUUAAAUCGACGAAAAAAAACAAAAUCAGCACCCGACACAGGCACUUGGCCACCAAAAAUAAAAAAAUCAUGUCCAUAUGCUCCAAUUGAGCGUCCAAAAACAGCAAAUUUAGAAAAACCAAUUGUACUAGAUCCAAAUUUGGUAAAUAAACUUGACAUGUCAUUGUUAAGUAAAGAACUAUUAUGUGAUUCAAUGACACGUAUACAACACGAUAUGCAAAAAUUGAGUAGUGGGAGUAUGUCCUCGAGGUGUCAUCGUAGAGUACCAUCAAGUGAAAAACAUAGUUCAAUAUCGAACAUCAUCGACAUUAAGACACUUGUCACACGACAAAAACGUCGUAGUUUCGAGCAAAUAACAGUUGAACAAAUAUCAAGCAUUGACAAAUCAAAUACAGAUUAUCAAAAUAUGAAAAAACAAUUAUCAUCAAGUACAACAUUUAAUAUUAGUGACAAUAAUAUUAAUAAUAAAAAACGUAUGAAUAUUGAAAAUAAACGUUUAGAUGAUAAUAAUAAUAAUAGUAAUAGUAAUAGUAAUAAUCGUAAUGGUACAUUGAGAACAACUUUAUCUACACUCAGAACAAUCAAGUCAUCAUCAUCAAGACCAGCUGAAAUUGAUGUAUUCACUGGUUCAACAAAAAAUACAGCACCUGAGCCUUGUAAAACUUGUGGUCGUCCUGAUCAACCUGAGCGUUUUCACAGUCAUCCAAAAGGUGUUGUUCCUAUUAAAAUAUCCAGUAAAGAUUUGUCAAAUGGUAAAACUAAAGAAACUAUUAGAAAAACUAUACAAAAACCUGUUGCAUUAAAUUUUCGUAGUGAAAAAAAAUUAAAUAAUAAUAAAGAUACAAAAAUUAAAGAUGAUGAAAAAAUUGAUAAAUUAAAUGAUAAUGAAAAAAUUAAUAAUAAAAAUUUAUUGGAUAAUAAAAAAGGACCAAAAAGUGUAACAUGUUAUAUAUGUGCACGUGAAUUUGGUACUGCUAGUUUUCCAAUUCAUGAACCAAAAUGCAUGCAGAGAUGGGAAAGAGAAAAUAAUGAUUUACCAAUAUCUCAAAGACGUUUAGCACCUCAAAGACCAAUUGUUCCUCUUAAUCAUCAGGAUUGGAAUAAAGCCGCCUGGGAACUAUCUCAAACGCAACUGGUACCAUGUUGGAAAUGUGGAAGAACAUUUUUACCUGAUCGAUUGCCAGUACAUCAAAAAAGUUGCAAGGCUUCCCCCAAGAGUACUACACCACCGAAAUCUGAUAAAUCUGAAAGUCUCGAGAGACUUGAAAAUACAAAUAAUAAUCAACUUAUUGGUCUUCGCACAAUAUGUUGUAAAGUUUGCGGAAGAAAUUUUGGCUCAAGAAGUAUUAACAUUCAUGAACCACAGUGUUUAAAAAGAUGGCAAAUUGAGAAUGAAAGAAAAAAGGAUAUUUCAAAAUGGGAAAAAAACUCAACAACUCCACCUCGAUCACCCUCACUAACAACUAAUUCUUCAACAGAUAUAUUAAAAUCAAGAAUAACAACUUGUUAUAUAUGUGGACGUGAUUUUGGUUCAGCAAGUAUUGAAAUUCACGAGCCUCAGUGUUUAAAAAAAUGGCAAAUUGAAAAUGCAAAAUUACCAGUUAGUCAACGAAGACAAGAGCCACAAAAACCGGAUAUAAUUUUUAAAAAUUCUCCAACAUCAUCAUCAUCAUCGUCAUCAUCAUCAAAACAUGUAAUCGAUUGGCCAGCAACAACAGAGGCAAGAUGGAAAUCACACUUGGGCCAAUUAGUACCAUGUAAAAAAUGCAAAAGAACAUUUAAUCCAGAUCGUGUUACAAUUCACGAAGUCAAUUGCAAAGGCAUUUAAUUGCCUAAUAAAUUAAUCAACAUCACUAAAAAUUAUAACUCACUAAUUCACGUCAAUUAUUAAUUUAAAUUAUAAUCUAUUUUUAUUUGACAGUGUGCUCUGUCAAUUUUUAAUACCUCAUAAUUCAUGUCACAUGUAUUGAUUCAUUAAUUUUAAAAAUUAAUAAAUCACUAUUUUUUAAUAAUUUAUUAUUAAAUAAGUAUAUUUUGUACAACGUCAUUAUUUAAUGAUGAUUUAUUUGUAUAAAAAAAGAGGAAACAAACAAAAUAACUUGUUUAAAUUUCAACAAACAAUCACGUUUAAAAAAAAACAUACACUUUAUAUAAAUUUAAUUAUUUAUUUGAUGUUUUGAAUUGUUUAAACUAUUUAAAUGUGUAACAUAAUAUUUAGUACUGAUAUAUAAUUUUUUUUUUAAAUUAAAUAAAUAUAUUUAUUUAAAAAAUAUUUAAA